GUUUUCUUUCAGCUCUCUCCUGGGUGGGUUUGGCGGCAUGACGUGCAAGGUGUAUGCUCAUUUGGACAUCGGGGGCCAGCCCAACUUUGUCCUGCCCAUUCACGUUGGUCGACCCGAGGAAACUCAAUUCGGUACUUUGAAACAGACUUUCCUGCAAGAAUUCGAGCGGCGCUUCUCCCCACAAUUGGGAUAUGACAACCUGUGCUUUUGGAACCAAGAUCUAUGUCCCAUUCCAGACCGAUCUGCUGUGGCCGCCUUUGCAUGGGAGCACAACGACUUCUUUCUGCGACCUUUACCCCAGAGCGCAGAUUCUGGAGCAUUGAAAGCCAGCAGAGAGAAGCGCGGAGAGCUAUCCUAUUACUACGCUCAUAAUCAAGACAGAGGCACCUUCAUCUCCAAGCCGCAGGCAACCAUGACUGUGACGAAGCCCGAACCCAUUCGAACUUCAGUCGAAAACAAAAUCAAGUUCAAUCCCAAGCAAUCGCCUUUUGGCACAGAUAUCACCAAAUAUGAGACACUGGACUCCUACACGUGGGAGGACAGCGAUGAAACUGUGAAAGUGCUUGUGCCAAUGGAUGGUGUUGGCAAGCUAAAUCCAGAGCAAGUGAGGUCGCAGUUCGGCGAUCGUUCCUUUGAGCUUCUGGUCGAAGGUUUGCAGGGGAGAAACUUGCGUUUUGCAUGCUACAAGACUCAUGGCGAAAUGAAGCCAGAAGAAUGCAAGCACGUGGUGAGAGCAAAUCGAGUGAAUUUGGUCCUCCGAAAGGCCAAGGACAAAGAUCACUGGUUUGACCUUUUCAAGAAGCGGGCAAUUGGAGACGAUGAUGACCCGUAGAUCUGAUUGCGAAGAUACAAGGGAUAGGUUUGGCUGCUGCCCUCUCGUGUUGUGGAGUGAAGGCAGCGACACGGCCUCACAUGGUGGCUGCAAAGACUAUCGAAGAGCUCACAAAAGACUGGUUGGCUCAUUUUUGCUCAGUAGAGUCCAAAAA